CUUAAAUGUCAAAGAACUCAAUUUGGUGCUGAUCUUCCAACGCCAUUCUCCCUUCUCGUUGCUCUAUCGCUGGGUUUGAUAUCUGGUUCUUGAAUUUGGUAUCUGAAGCGUUUGGAGUUGUAGAGAUUUUGGUUUGUGUGGUGGCUGGAAAGUUGGGAUUUUGAGAUAGUGGUGGUGUGGGGUUCUUGUUUCUGGGAGUGUAGAUGGUCAUGGAUAAGAAUUUUGGAGGUUUUUAUCAAGACACUUGUGGGGUUGAAUUAGGGGAUGAAUCCCUGCAAGUUUUUCUUGAUCAGGAAGCUAUUAGUGGGUUAAGUGUUAAUGAUGCCUUCAUGGAUGUGAAUGUGGGAAAAAAUUCGAAAGAUGGAGGCCUAUUGAAUUUUUUGGAUCCGAAUUUGGUGAGCAAUGGGAGAGAUGGUGAGACUGUGGUGGGCCAAAACCAAAUCACCGAGAAUGUGAAUGCUGUAACCCCACCAUCCUUUCCAUAUCCCGAUUCGAAUAAUGGUCUGGGAGUUGAUGGUGGUUCCUUGGAAGAUAGAAGUGAACUUGCCUUUCCACCGCUUCAGUCUGAUCCAGGAUUGAAUGUUGUAGCCCCGUCAAGUGAGGGUGAUGGUCUCGAGGAUUAUGAUUUUAGUGAUGUAGUGCUUACGUUUAUUAGCCAGAUGCUUAUGGAAGAGGAGAUGGGAGAGAAGGCCUGUAUGUUUCAAGAAUCUGCCGCCCUCCAAGCUGCAGAAAGAUCUUUGUAUGAGGUUAUUGGAGAGGAGUACCCAUCGGCCCUCGAUCAAAAUGGAAACAAUGGUGAUUCUGGUUUGGUACAACCGAAUUGGGAUCCUGAUUCCAUCGAGUGUGAAAAUUCUACUGGACAAAUUGCCCCUGUUGGUGUCACUUUGCGGACUAAUUCUCAGUCAUCCUACAGUUCAUCGAGCAGCUCGGGCACUGCAAAUGAUGGGCAUUUGGAUUCACCUGUGAGUACACUCAGGAUCCCCGACGUUCAUGUGGAUUCUCCUCUGACUACACUCAGGAUCCCCGAGAUAUUCAACAGCACUGAAUCUAUUAUGCAGUUUAAUAAAGGGGUUGAGGAAGCGAGUAAGUUCCUUCCUAAUGCCAAUGGCUUUCUUGUUGAUGUUGGUUAUAUUGGGCUCGAGAAGGAUAAUGAGAAUCAGGUCUCUCGUGAAGGGUCGAGGAGGAAGAAGAAUCUGCAUUAUGAAGGUGAAGAUUUGGACGAGGGGAGAAGUUACAAGCAAUCAGCAGUCUCUUCUGAAUCAACCGUUAUACUAGAAAUGUUCGACAAGGUUUUGCUAUGCAGUGGUGGAAAAAACGAAUCUGCUCUUCGACAGUCUUGGCAGAACGUGUCGAGUAAAAAAGCAAUGGAUAACGAUCUUCCAAAAGGAUCCACCGGGAAGAAAUCCCGUGGAAGAAAGGGCAGUAAAAGCGAGGUUGUAGACUUGAGAACCAUCUUGACGCUUUGUGCACAAGCCGUUGCUGCUGAUGACCGAAGGACCGCCCACGAGUUUCUCAAGCAGAUUAGGCAACACUCGAGCCAAACGGGUGAUGGAAUGCAAAGGUUAGCUCAUUAUUUCGCGGAUGGCCUCGAGGCACGAAUGGCGGGUUCGGGGACCCAAAUAUAUAAGGCGCUUAUAUCUAUGCCUACAUCAGCUGCUGAUGUUCUGAAAGCAUACCAAUUAUAUCUUGCUGCCUGCCCAUUUAGGAAGAUCUCGAACUUCUUCUCGAAUAAGACAAUUAUGAAUGUAGCUAAAGAUGCUAAAUCGGUUCACAUAAUUGAUUUCGGUAUACUUUAUGGUUUUCAAUGGCCUUGCUUCAUACAACGUCUCUCGAGUAGGCCUGGUGGACCCCCCAAGCUUCGAAUAACCGGGAUUGAUUUCCCACAGCCAGGUUUCCGGCCAGCAGAGAGGAUUGAGGAAACUGGGCAACGCUUAGCCAAUUAUGCUGAGAGGUUCAAUGUUCCGUUUGAGUUCAAUGCUAUCGCCCAGAAUUGGGAAACGGUUAAAAUCGAGGAUCUUGGGAUCAACGGGGACGAGGUAGUUGUGGUGAACUGUCUAUAUCGGUUUAGGAAUCUACUUGACGAGACGGUGGUUGUGGACAGUCCUCGAGAUAUUGUCUUGAGCCUCAUCCGGGAGUUGAAUCCCGCUGUUUUUAUAACGGGGAGUGUAAAUGGCGCUUAUAAUGCCCCCUUCUUUAUCUCGCGAUUCAGGGAGGCGCUUUUUCACUAUUCGGCUUUGUUCGAUAUGCUCGAAGCUAACAUCCCCCGCGAAAUUCAUGAGAGGGUGCUGCUCGAGAAGACUAUAUUUGGUCGGGAAGCAAUGAAUGUCAUUGCGUGUGAAGGUGCUGAGAGGAUCGAGCGGCCCGAAAUAUAUAAGCAGUGUCAGAUUCGGUACACGAGGGCAGGGUUCCGCCAACUUCCUCUGAACGAUGAAAUAAUGCAAAUGUCGAGACACCGCGUCAAGGCAUACCACAAAGAUUUUAUAAUCGACCAGGAUGGAAAAUGGCUGCUUCAAGGAUGGAAAGGGCGCAUUGUAUAUGCGCUCUCGACAUGGAAAGCGGCUUAUUAAACAUGUUCGUAUCACCCAUGCUCGGCUUAUGUACUAGCCUGCAUUUACGACUUUCAGAAGCUGAGGUAUCGACUUUAUAUUUGACUAUCUCAUUGUGGUGUCGAUUUCGCUAUGGACUGCCUACCAUAACUGGAAACAAAAAACGAUUUAUUGCCUUACUUAGGGGACCAUUUUAAAUGAACUUUAAUUAGCAAACAGAGAAUUAUGAUUUAUGACAGACAUUGUUGCAGGAAUAUUGGGUUUCUCAUUGUAUGCAUGUUUACUAUAUAUGCUUCCAUAUAUGGCUAAUGAUCAUGUUAGUGAAAUGAUAUAGCUAUAAAUGUACUAAGCAUGAAGUUUCAUUACUAGAUUCAAUGAUUAAUGCACUAAUGUUCAUUUAUUCU